AUGGGUGGUCGCACGUGGCGCAGCUCGCGCGACCUCUGCUGCAACGGCCUUCUACGAAAACGCGACCCCAAGGCAGGAAGCAAUGGUUGGGCGCCCGCGCAACCAUCAAGAGCAGCACCAGCACCAACACCUAUCCCAGCGCCAACCCCACCCCAUCAGCCCUCGCCAGAAUCCCACGACUUCGUCUACGACCAUCUCGCCCAUGAACAAAUCUCUACCUCCUCAGUCGCGCUACCACAGCCCGAACAAGAAGGCCUCGGCGAAGCAUACUCCUACUACCACCCCAAAUCCUCUUCCCACAGACAGGAGGAGAAUGACGACGCAGCAGGCGUACCAUUACCCUUGAGUGGAAGUUCCUCGCUACGGGAUUUGCUAAAGGCGGAGGAGAACCAUCAUGUCCAAACUCGGCGGAGGUUCGAGAUUGCGAAGGAUUUUUAUGGGCCUGGCGGUGGUGGUGGUGAUGGGCAGCUAGUACAACAGAGGAAGAAGACUCAUCAUGGCCCAGCCGCUGCAACGAACCAGACACAGACCCGCCGUGUAAAGGAGCCGAGACGGCAGCAGUCGCUGUUCAAGCAGACUAUGAUGGCGAUUUCGAAGUAUACUUAUAUGUGA